AUGGCUGAACCAUCCACAAAGAAACAAAAGACAUCUGGAUCAUCUUUAGAACAAUUAAAAGCUUCAGGUACCGUCGUUGUUGCAGACACUGGUGAUUUCGAAUCAAUUGCUAAAUUUCAACCACAAGAUUCCACCACAAACCCAUCCUUAAUUUUAGCUGCUGCCAAGCAACCAGCUUAUGCUAAGUUAAUUGACGUUGCUGUUGAGUACGGUAAGCAAAACGGUAAGACUAAAGAUGAAAAAGUCGAAUUGGCUGUUGAUAGAUUAUUAGUCGAGUUCGGUAAAGAAAUUUUAAAGAUCGUCCCAGGUAGAGUCUCCACUGAAGUUGAUGCAAGAUUAUCCUUCGACAAGGAAGCUACUAUCGCCAAGGCUAUAGAAAUCAUUGAAUUAUACAAAGCUCAAGGAAUCUCAAAAGAAAGAAUCUUAAUCAAAAUCGCUUCCACUUGGGAAGGUAUCCAAGCCGCUAGAGAAUUAGAAGCUAAACAUGGUAUCCACUGUAAUUUAACUUUAUUAUUCUCCUUUGGUCAAGCUGUUGCCUGUGCUGAGGCCAACGUCACCUUAAUUUCCCCAUUUGUAGGAAGAAUUAUGGAUUGGUACAAGGCUAAAUCUGGUGAAACUUACACUGGUGAAACUGAUCCAGGUGUCAAAUCCGUCAGAAGAAUUUACAACUAUUACAAGAAACACGGUUACAACACUAUCGUCAUGGGUGCCUCUUUCAGAAAUGUCGAUGAAAUAAAAGCCUUAGCUGGUGUUGACUAUUUAACCAUCUCUCCAAAUUUAUUAGAAGAAUUAUUAAACAGCAACGAUGCCGUUCCAAAGGUCCUAAACCCAGCCCAAGCUAAGAAGGAUGGUGACGCUAAGAUCUCUUUCAUCAAUGACGAAUCUAAAUUCAGAUUCGACUUGAAUGAGGAUGCUAUGGCUACCGAAAAGUUAGCUGAAGGUAUCAGAAAAUUCUCUGCCGAUAUUGUCACUUUAAUCGAUAUGAUCGAAAAGAAAGUUACUGCUUAA